CCCCGUGACAUUUCACAUCACACCCCCGUCGACCCACUGAGGCUCGCAUCAUCUCCUGUCUUUUUCGCCAUGGCCACCGUCAAGCAAGUCCUCGCCGGGAUCUCAACUUCCGGCAAGAGAAACCGAAAGCUCCUUCUUUCCAUCUCCGGCUGCCUCCUUCUCGUCGCCGCCGUGAUUGGCAUUGUCGCCGGCGUCAACUCUCGCCACCGCGGCCGGAACUCUGACGUUUCCACCAUCACCCCAGCGACCCACGCCGUCCUCAAGUCCUCAUGCAGCUCCACGCGCUACCCGGACCUCUGCUACUCCGCCGUCGCCGCCGUCCCCGGAGCUUUCGCGGGCCUCGCCACCCAGAAGGACGUGAUCGAGGCGUCGCUCAACAUCACCACCGUUGCCGUGGCGCACAACUUCUUCGCCAUCGGGAAGCUCCUGAGAAAGAGAAGCAAGAGCCUGACGACGAGGGAGAAGAGGGCGGUCCGCGACUGCCUCGAGACCAUCGACGUGACGCUGGACGACCUCCGGGAGGCGGCGCGGGACCUGAGCUCGUACCCGAGCUCGGCGAAGUCGCUGACGCAGCACGCCGACGACCUGAAGACGCUGAUGAGCGCGGCGAUGACGAACCAGGAGACCUGCCUGGACGGGUUCUCGCACGAGGACGCCGACCGGCGCGUGCGGGAGUCGCUGGCGGAGGGGCAGGUCCACGUGGAGAAAAUGUGCAGCAACGCGCUUGCGAUGAUCAAGAACAUGACCGACGCCGACAUGGAGGUGGAGCGCAUGGCCGCGGCGCACCGGAAGAUGCUUAAGGAAGAGGAGCGAGUUCAGGGUGACGAGAGUGGGUGGCCCCAGUGGCUGUCGGCCGGGGACAGGAGGCUGCUGCAGUCGACGGCGGUGACUCCAGACGUCGUGGUGGCGGCGGACGGGAGCGGGACCCACAAGACGAUCUCGGCGGCGGUGGCGGCGGCGCCGGAGAAGAGCAGCAAGCGUUACGUGAUAAGGAUAAAGGCCGGGGUGUACAGGGAGAACGUGGAGGUGUCAAAGAAGAAGACGAACCUGAUGUUCAUCGGCGACGGGCGGACCAACACCAUCGUCACCGGUAGCCGGAGCGUGAAAGGCGGUUACACCACCUUCGAGUCCGCCACCGUCGCGGUGGUCGGGGAGAGAUUCUUGGCCCGAGACAUAACCUUCCAGAACACCGCCGGCGCUUCCAACCACCAGGCCGUCGCCCUCCGCGUCGGCGCCGAUCUCUCCGCCUUCUACCAAUGCGACAUCCUCGCCUACCAGGACACCCUCUACGUCCACUCCAAUCGCCAGUUUUUUGUCAAUUGCUUCAUCGCCGGCACGGUCGACUUCAUCUUCGGUAACGCGGCCGCCGUCCUCCAGGACUGCGACAUCCACGCUCGCAAGCCGAACUCUGGCCAAAAGAACAUGGUUACCGCUCAAGGCCGAACCGACCCGAAUCAGAACACGGGAAUAGUGAUCCAAAAGUGCAGGAUUGCCGCGACGAGCGACCUCCAACCGGUGAAGGGCAGCUUCCCGACAUACCUCGGGCGUCCGUGGAAGCUGUACUCGAGGACGGUGAUCAUGCAGUCGUCGAUCUCGGACGUGAUCGACCCGGUGGGUUGGCACGAGUGGGACAGGACGUUCGCCCUCGACACGCUGUACUACGGAGAGUACCAGAACACGGGCGCAGGCGCCGGAACCUCGAAGAGGGUGCAGUGGAAGGGCUUUAAGGUGAUAACGUCGGCGGCGGAGGCGCAAGGGUUCACCGCCGCGAGCUUCAUCGGCGGAGGCAGCUGGUUGAGCUCGACUGGGUUCCCAUUUUCGCUCACCCUGUGAGCAAAGAUCGAACCGGUUCGUCCCAUGACCAAUUGGUAUUUCCGAUUAUGCAUAUUAGGUUAUUGUCCAGUGGCUAUCACCAUUGGGUUAUUUAGUGCAGAUAAUGAGAGAAGAUGACUUGAGCGUUUGGUGUUCUUGAGAAAUCGAAAUAAUUCAACUACGUCGUAUGAAACUGUGGGACGGUUAAGGAGACGUGAGAUUUACGCAUGUGUAUUAAAU